AUGAACAAGAAGGAUGAGUGCAUUGCUAUCACAAACGAGUUAUCACCAUAUCAAGACCUAUGCGGGUUUUUAUCUACGGAACGGGCCGUGAGGUCCUUAUAUAAAACCCUUGUGACUCGUAGUUGUGGUACGUGGUGGUCUGCUGCGUUAACAAGUCUAGCUAAUGAGGCUCUGACGAAGGCGAUAACGCCGAAACGAAACCAAUUAAAAACUUAUGUGAUUUCACGAAGUCAAUGCUACAAAUGGUUUCAACGCUUUGAAAAUGGAAAUGAGAGCUUAGAAGACGAAGAACACCGACGUCGUCCUCAAGUGGUAGACGACGAAUUACUGAAGAAGGCGAUCGAGUCUGAUCCGACACAAACUGCAAGAAAACUUGCCCUAGAGUUCGGAUGUUCGAAUUCGACAAUUGACGAGCACUUACAUACAAUCGGAAGACAAAUCGUUCCAAACGAGUGUAAAGCAGAGAAAAAUGAAGGAAAAGGGAAUGAAAAAAGAGUUGCCGAGCGAAGUAAUUCUAUUCCCAAACGACAAAAAUUGUCGGAACAAGCAUCCGCAAACGUCUCUUUGUCCUUCAAAACGCCGCAUUUCUCGGACUAUUCGGUUAGAAAUCUGUCCUCUGUUAGAAGGAAAGGCUGUUGA